AUGGCGCCCAAAGAUGGAGGGGGGCCCGCGGCGAAGAAGCCGCGCGCGGCGCAGGAGCCUCCUGCGCAGCAGCCGACCGAUGCGCCGCCUGCGCCGUUGCCUUCACCGCCAGGGCCACUGGCCGUCACGGGGCUGCCGGAGAUGGAGUCGCUGAAGGCCCAGACGGACCAUCUUCGUAGUUGGGCCAAGGGGGCGAAGGAUUACGUCGACAAGGCUCUCCUGAAGUUCCUGACAGAUCGACACACGCAAGUUUCCUUCAAAAUUCCGGGCUCCGUCAUGCUCAUCCCUCCCCUGCAAAUUUCUGCUGCAGCCUCUGGCACGAACUUGUCGGCGUUCCGGGAGGUCAUGAACUACGACAACUUGCAGAUGAGUUUCUCUAAGACGGGGCAAUACGAGGCUGCGGGGACAGUCUGGAUGCUCGACCCGUUCGCCGGCGACACGACCGACUCCGUCAGCAUUAGCCAGCUCGAUGCCGCCAUGGGGAUGUGGUCUGAGGAGAAGCUCUUGCUGUCAUCCGACCACCCGCCGUCGCGGCGCUACUCGUUCGACGCGCCGCUCCCCGCGCGAGUGGUCAACACCAAGGUGGCGCAGCGCAUGGGCGCAGGCGAAUCUUCUGUGCUCAUGGCAACGGGCGUGCCCAUGCUGGCGGGGCACGCGCUUGUGAUGGCUUGGCAUGGCGCCAUGGCAGAGGCGUUGUCCACCGACAACACUGAGCGUGCAUUCAAGUUGUUUGAGGCAGCUCUGAGUGUGCCAAUCAGGCUGCGUCUCAGCCCCGAUUCGGACGCUUGCCAGCUGGCCGCGCUGAUGUUCUCUGAGACCAUGUUCACCGCGUCCGCAGCCUCUGGCGCGGAUUCCUUUUGGAAGCUGGCGGAGAAAGUGGCUCGACUUACAAGGUGCCAGAAGGCUAUGGCCGACAACCUGUCCCUGCCGAAAUUGUUCGCGGCCCUCAAGAGCUACGGGCUCGCGUUCAAGGGCAAGCCGCUCGCCGAGUCACACGCGAAGUGCUUGAAAAACUUGACGCCUUUCGUCGGGGAUGAGGCGUGCGUCGUGGCAUACUCUUUGUCGGAGGCUUUCUGCCCUGAGCUCCGCGAACCCACGUUGUUGCUGCGGUUGGCUCAGUUAUGCAAUGGAAGGGCGGCGUCUUCCAAGGCAGACAAGGACGCGACCUCCCGCGAGUCGAUGGUGUUCAUCAUGGACUGCCUGCGCGUGGCCCGGCUGACCGGCGACGCCCCUAGGGGGGAGGGCCUGACCUUGAGCAAGGUCACGGGACAGGAGCAAAAGUCCCCAGCGAUGGCGCACGUGCUCUUCAAGAAACAAGAUCUCAUGGCGUACAUUCUUCACGAGGCGGCGAUGAUCGACAAGGCAAUUGCGGUUUCAGUCUCCAUUUUUCGCUCGCCGCUUGCCGUCUUGAAGCACUUCUCAGCCACUGGCGAGGAAGAUGGCUUAGCUGCUCAGUUUCGUCGAGACGAGACCCCGACACGUGACUCCGGAGGGGGGUUCGAAAACACAUUCGCUGUCCCAGUGGCCAACUACCGCGACCAGCAGGGCCAGGACGGGAAGACGCAGGCGGUCAUCGACUUCGCGCGGGGCGUCUGGGCUGGCCAUUUCGACGCGGAGCUCGAGGAGCUUUGCGCCCAGGACCUGCAGGGAGGUGCGCCCGGAUUCUUGUGGCACCGGUACUUAAACGAGAGCACCAAGGAGAUGGGCGUCAAGUACCGUGCGCUCGUCGCAGCUUGCUCGGCAGGCCCCAUUCCGGCGGACCCUGCCGCGAAGUCGGCCUCCGGCGUGGUCUUGGGGGCGUCGGAGCUCGAGGAUGGUGACCAGGAGGAGCUCCGCAAAACCCAGGAGUUGCUGAUCUCUCUGCGCAGGAAGACCGUUUCGUUCGUUGCGCUGCCGUCGGUCGGCGGGGUGUCUGGUACGGCAGGAAAAAAAACUGACGUCCGAGCAUUCGUUCUGGCGGCCGACCUGUUCCCCCCAAACGUGAGCAAGAGCGGGGUGGCGGCGAACUUGGGCGAAUCCGUCGGUUGCGAUGCGGACCGCUUCGGGCGCGUGCUGGAUUUCGUCUGCCAGAAGCGCUCGGUUCACGAUAUCGUGAUCUUCCUCGAUGGGCGGAGCCGCUCGUGCCGCAAGCUGAUCGAGGAGAAAGAGGACAGUCUCGCAGCCUCUGGCGCGCACGCCCUGACGGAGUGCUGGUGCGUGUACGUGCAGCCGACCAAGCAAGAGGAUCCCAGAGUUCCGGGACGAGUGACUUCUUUCGCGUGCAACAACAAGGAAGUGGCCAUCUGCUCGAUCCCGAAGAGAGGCGCCAUGAAGGUAGUGGACCGCGCGGAGUUCAACUCGUGCGGCGAGUCUUCGAGUGCGGCAACGACGUACACGGGCGUGCCUAUGCGGCAAUACUGCGAGCUUCCGCGCAUGACUUACGAGACGAAGGCUUCAAUCCUGGGAAACGCAGCCGCUGGCGCGGUCAAAGGGAAGCGCGCGCAGAAAGACAUCGAAUCGAAAGGGCACCCCUUUUCGCACCUCGAAGUGAAGCCAUUGCAUUUGUGGCAGCGUCUCUGCGAGCACCACCACAUCACCCACAUCGUUGACUUCUCGGCGGGGUCUGCCGCGUUGGCAAUCGCAGCCGCUGGCGCGAUGGAGUACGAGGGCGUGGCGGCGAACGAGGUGCACCGGGAGUGGCUCGAUUCGACCAUGGACCGAUGCGCGAUGUAUUUGGCGGGGCGUGACAAGAACUUCGCGAAGAUGCUCGGCGGCGACGAGGCCUUCGUCGAGAAAGUGGAGAAGUACUUCGCGGGGACGAUGAUGGAGGCGCGGCGCAUGCUCGAGCCAGUCCAGGACGCGGCGGAGGGCGAUGGGGGAAGCGAGGACUCGGCGGAGGAUUAG